AGCGAUCAAACCCAAAGUAAGACCUUUCCUGAAGCACUUCUCGACAAAAUGAUGGUGGAAAAUGAGUGGUGGAAAUCGCAGCUUGCACAGGAAAUCCACGACGUUCUCCGGGAAAAGGAGGCCAGACUUCCACCUUUCACUUCGUCAUCUCCUCAAAUAAAACUCAGGCGUUUUCUAGUGGACUGGCUUGCUGUUAUUUCUGAAAAAAUUAAAUGUUCGCAUGGAGUGCUUCACUUAGCGGUUUAUUAUAUGGACUACUUUAUGGACAAAUUUGAUAUCCAGGAACCACAACUUCAUCUAGUUGCAUUGUCCUGUUUGCUGCUGGCAGGUAAGCUUAAGUUUUUAAAAGACCACAUUAGCGCAUUUCUUUUCUCAUAAGCAAGGCUAUUUGAAGUCACAACAUUCGAACUCCCCUUAUUAUUACUCUUGUUUCCUCCAUCGGAAUGAACUUGUUUUGUGUCAGGUUAGUUUUCAUGUACAGCUUACAACACAAAAAUAUAUGUAGUUGUAUUAUCUUACAAUUUUGUUAUAAGUUUUACCUUUUUCAUGCUUGUACGCUAGGUAACAAAACCUUAAAUCAGGGCGUGCUUUUCCAGGCUCAAUAUCAAAUUUGAAUAACCACAGUAUUAUUAUUUUUAAUCAUUACACGAUUAUCAAGAAACAAAAAUAUAUAAUAUCAGGAGCCUAUCACCUCCCGGAUGAUAUCAAAUACGAGAACGAAUAAUUCAUCAGAAAUUAAAACCACUAUAAUAUUGUUGUCAAUAUUUUUAUUCCUUGUGGGCCUGCGAAGGCCAGAAUUUUCUAAACUUAGCCAGUGGUACCUCUACCGAAACGACCUUAAGUCCCAAGGGAUGAAAUAUAAUCCCCAAAUGAUCUAAAACAGUUCUUUUUUUUCGAGGAUGCACCACACAAAUAUUUUAAACUAUUGCAAAGUACUGUAUCGUUUAUUCUCCGAGCUAUUUUUUCCUACAGGAAAAUAUUCAAGAAGUUUAAGAACAAUUCACAAUUCUUUACAAAAUAAUUGUUAAACAUUGAACAUUUAAGGUGCCAGUUUUUGUUGAAAUGCUGCAAAAUAAAUGAACAAAAACCUAAUUGCAUUUAUUCCUUUUGUUUCAGCAAAGUUUGAAGAGAAUGAAGAGAAGAUUCCCACCAUAUCAACUUUGAAUGGCUUUGUUCAUAAUGUAUUUAGUGUGGCAGAAUUUAAUCAAAUGGAACUGCUUCUACUGAACUUUUUCUGCUGGAAUUUAGACUUGCCAACACCCGUGAAUUUUAUGGAGUUCUAUUUGAUUCAUGCAAUUUCAGCACAGGACUGUCAAUCAGGAAGGAGUAUUGAAGACUGUUCUAAGCCAAUGGCCUACACAAGAAAAUAUGUGCAUUAUUUUCUAGAGAUUGCUCUACAAGGUAUGCUAAAAAAUAUAGUUAUAUUUUCUGAAAAUCUUUUUUUUGAAUCAAAUAAUAUCAAUAAAUGUUUACCAAGGAAAGAGUAAUGAUAAUUAAAAAAGAUUUCACCUUGCAGAACUAUACUCACACUUACAUAAACAGCAAGUACUCUAGGUUGUUAUCUCAAGAGAUUUUUCUAGGCUAAUUAUUUUCACAGGAAAAAGACAAUAUAUUGGUAGAGAUUUCUACUUGUCUUUGCAUUUAUCUAAUUCUAAUAAAUUAUCCAAAUUUUAUUUCUUUUACUGAUUUUUUCCCCUGACAGAUCAUUCAUUCUUGACUUUUCCUCCAUCCAUAAUAACAUCUGCAGCAGUGGCUGCCUCACGUCUGCGUCUUCACCUCUGUCCUUCCUGGACACCACUAUUAAUCAAGGUUACAUCUUAUACGUGGGAACAAAUUGCACCUUGUGUGAACAUCAUGUUGAGGUAUGAGAAGCUGAAUUUGUUGCCGGUCUCAGAUGUUAAAUGCGUCUAG